GGUCGGCGGGUGGUGGGACUGGGAUUGGGUCGUUGGGUGGUGGGACUGUGUCAGCGCGUGCUGGGACUGGGUGAGAGGGUGGUGGGACUGGGUCGCUGGGUGUUGGGACUGGGUGAGCGGCUGCUGGGAAUGCGUCAGCGGGUGCUGGGACUGGGUCAGCGGGAGAUGGGACUGGCUCAGCAGGAGGUGGGACUGGGUCGGUGGGUGCUGGGAGUGGGUAAAUGGGUGGUUCGAGUUAGUCGGUCGGGGGUUUGUGUGGGUCGGUCGGUGUGUUGGGUAUUCUUUGUCAUGGCGCGGGGUGCGUCCUCCAGUUCGGCAUCGACAUUUUUGUCGGAAGACGUAUACUGGAAUUACGACUACUCGAGUCGUUAUCCAGGCCAGCCGAAGCGGCCGUCGGACGAUGAGCUUUUAGAAGUGUGUGGCGAGCGUUUGGGUGAUGAGUCUGGGGUGAGAUGGUCGUUUGACGAAAUGUUGCAAUUGUUGUACAUGAAGCAGCAGGAAGUGACUGCUUUGAAAAUGUUGCUUGACCGGCAAGAGAAAGAGCAUCUGGAGGCGUUGGAAAGGACGUUGAACGAGAUCAGGUUGGGGCCAUGCGAGGGGGCAGGGGGUAGAAAGAGGGCGAAGCAAGAAGAGAAGGGGGCCGACAGGAAAAGAGGAACAGAUAUGGCCGUAGAGGGAAAACGUGUGGAUGAAAAUCUGAAGUUGCGCUCGAUUUACACUGUUCGCUGUCAUACGCUGGGAUCACUGAGGGACAUGGUGGUGAACCUGCACAGCAACAGGGACGAGUCACUGUUGCAAAACAUGAUUCGUUGGAGGGAGAGGGCGGUAAGUUUAGAUAUCCAGGUUAGAAAGUUGUUGACCAUAUCUGACACCCGUGGGGACAUCUAUGUGCUUGCCGGUGCGUUGUUCAAACGUCCGAAGGAGAGUACAAUGCAGGAGAUGGAAAAGAGGGAUGCGUUGAGUGCUCAUAGGUGUCUGGAGGGGCUGGCUGAGACGUUUCUCCAGAGGGCGAUAAUGGCUGAGGUGCAAACUGCGCUCAACUUCCCGUUGACAAAGCGCCAGGAAGAGGGUACCAUGGAGUGUCUGUUCAACCUGUUGCUUCGGUCAAUGCGAUGCCGCCAGCGUUUGGCAGAUAUGAUUUCCGCAGAACAGUCGGUAACGGAGGAUUACAAACUCACCCUGCAACAGGCAGCGGAUUUGGUACGUAUGAAGUCAAUGCUGGGUCAGACUCUACUUCUUUCCGCGCGGACACGGGAUGCAACGCAAGGUGAGAAAAAGGAGAUUGGAAUCCUGAUUGUGGAGUUGUUGCUGCUGCAAAAGUCGCAUGCAAAGCUGCAAAAAGAGUAUGCUUACCUGCAUGUCCUUCGCUGUCUGGAACGGCGUGCACAUUGUCCGAAGUGCGGGUGCACAUUGGACGAAAUACGGCCACACGAUCCGGAGGCAAGGAAAACGAGAUGCGAGAAGAUCCGGGAGCGGAUCCUUGAGGUGAACAACGCGCAUGGGCGGAGUGUGCAAGGGGUGCGGCCAAGUUAUUCGUUGGAGUCGUCGUUGGAGUCAAAAUUCACAGGGAGGGAAGUGCGCAAUGCGCUGCGAGAAUACAGAAAAUCCAUAGUUGAGAUGGGAGAGAGGCUACGGAGUAUUGACACAGAGCGCACAGAGUUUGUGGACAACAUGUACGCCGAGGUUGUGAUUGGUGGUGACGUUGUGAUCGAUCACCAGCCGGGGGAGGGUCCCCUAGUGUAUGAUGCGAUGGCACGCGUGCGUGGGGAGGACGGCAUGCCUGGUUUGAUUCCGGUGUGUCCCUCGGGGCUUGGACUGGGUCCGUGGGUGCUGGGACCGGGGACAGGGUACGUGGGUGCUGGGACCAGGGAUGUGCGAACUGGGACUGGGUCCGUAGGUGCUGGGACCGGGGAUGUGCGAACUGGGACUGGACGCGUAUUUCAGCUUCCACUGGAAAUGGAGCGGGAGCCGUCGUGUGUGCCGCAAAGUGUGCGAGCUGCCUCCUCUGCGGCUGGCAACCUCGACGGGCUCGAUCCGCAGGGGAAGUCUGUGCCUGUUGAAGGUGGGGUGGGGGGGGUGUCGUGCGAACCUGUGCGGAAGGAGAGCGCGAGAUUGUCACGACGACAGCACAGUCUUAUAUCUCAACUUGCCCGACUGAAGCCGCCGGCUUCAGCGGCUGUUGUGUGGACUUCGGGCGAUGGUCCUGUGAGUGGUGGCAACUCAGGUGGCUCGGUUGGACGGGGGUUGGCAUCCAGCGCGGCCACUGCGCGUGCGGUGCGACGGUUGAGAGUGUCAAGCUGGCGAAAGCGCAGGGCGUCGACACCUGGCGAGGGCGCACAACACCGGUCGGACUUGGAAAGACAUGCGCCUGCCAUUGAGGAAGGGGGCGAGGGGGCCGAGGAACGUCACGUCGAUACUGGAAGUCGUUCGGCGGUGGACGUAGCCGUGUUACGUUUCGGGUCCGUGUCCCGCGCAUCCGAUGUGGUGGCUGGUGCGGUGCCGCCGCGUUGCGCGAUCGUGAACCAUGCGCAGAUCUUGGGCAACGUGGGCACCGUCGAUCCAUACAGCCUCGGGGAACAUUCCCCUUGCCAACAUUGCGGUGCUCUGCUUUGGAGGCAUGAGCAUGCGUGGAAAACGAUUUGCUGUAAACAAGGCAGGACGAAGUGCCGAUUGUGGGAGAUGCCGGAGGCAGGAACUGCGGCACACUCGGUGCUGUCGCUGUGGACAGAGGACUCUCGCGAGGGCAGGCUUUUGAGGGCAAAUUCGCGUAGGUUCAACAACGCAUUGUGCCUCGUGUCUGCGCACAUGAGGAAAGCGGAGCAGGGAUUGCGAGGAUUCGAAGGGCAGUUGAAGAUCCAAGGGCCUGUGCACCACUGUCUUGGGCCCUUGGAGCCGGAGCCGGAGCCGGAGCCUGGCCAGAAGCCGCAAUUCGCACAAAUGUACAUUUACGACCCUACUGAGGUGGAGGCUCUUACGGACAUGCGAGUGGACACGAUGCGCCUUCCCGACAACACGACAGAGUGCGAGAUCCGCGCAAUUCGGCAGUUGGUUGCUCGCCUUCACGGACUUCUGCUGCUAUGCAAUCCGUAUGUGCGUGACUUUAUAACGUAUCACGAGAUGCCUGGUGCGCACCGGGACGGGGUUAGGAUUGUUAUUAACCCCCACACGCGGCCAAGCGGUGAGCAUGAACGGCGGUACAACAAACCGGAAGGCCUGCUAGAGUUGUGCGUGCUGAUUCCGGACAAGUUGUUGCCGGGUGAGGUGGAGGUGCGUUGUCGACCGGAGCGCAACGCAGGUUGUGCGGUGACAAAGGUUGCCGAUGACAAUAGGGCGUACGAUCCUUUGCAUUAUGUGCUUUUGUUUCCGACUGGCGAGGAUGGUUGGGACAGACUACCCGACACUUCGAAAGGGAACCCCAACAGCAUCACCGCCAAACAAUUUUAUGCGUUCCAUCUGCAUGAGAGGUGUGGCGAGCGUACGACCCUGCUUUGCGCGAAGCGAUUGCUUCAAGAGUACUGCUGCAUGGCAUACGCCAAGGUUGAGACUCAUCGCUUGGCGAUUGCUUCAAGACGUGCGUACCCGGCUCAGGGGGACCUCUUCUACUUGCGCAUCCUCCUCGGGCAUGAACAUUCUCGUGGCGCGACGUCUUUCCCUGCGUUGAGAACGGUGGAGCACGGGGAGUUGGCCACGUUCCGAGAAGUUUGUCAGCGCCUCCACCUUCUUGAUGACGACUCGGAGUACGACAAGGAUAUGGAAACGGCGGCUCUUCAUUACAUGCCGCACCAGAUCAGGCAAGUGUUCGCCAUGCUGCUUGCAUACGGGCCUGUGUCUGACCCCAUGGCGCUGUUUUUUAAGCACUGGCAGCCCAUGUGUGAGGACUACGUGAGGAAGCUGAGGGGCAUGGGUGUCGCGCCGGGGGUUCUGCAAGCGUUGGCGUUGUUGGACAUUCACGUUCAGCUGCUGGACAUGAAAACGACUAUGGGAGGUGUUGGUUUGGCGUUCCCCGACCCGGAAGCGCAGCGCGUUGCUGAGGAGCUGUGCGCUCGGAUUCUCCUUGAGGGCUUGCCCGAACUGAUCCGAGAGGAGCUCAGUUACGACAGGGCGGAUAUGGAGAGGCAGUGGGGAGCAAACUACCCUUUGCUUCGCCCUUCGCAAAAAGAGCUGGUCGAUGGCGUUAUGUCCGCUGUGCUGAACAGGAGUCCGCUGUGCGUUUUUGUGGAUGCUCCCGCCGGAACGGGCAAGACGUUUUGCAUUAACACCAUACUUGCUCGCGUGCGUCGGCAUGAAAACUGCAUCGCUUUGGCGGUCACGUCCAGCGGAAUAGCGUCGCUUCUGCUUCCCGGCGGACGAACGUUCCACUCGCGGUUUCAGGCGCCUAUUCGGCCGGAUGCUAAGAAAGCUUUUCCUAUUCGAAGACAGGGGGAACUUGCGCGCCUGAUAAGAAUGUGCAGCCUUAUAGUUUGGGACGAGGCACCGAUGACGCACCGCGCGCAGUUGGAAGCUCUCAACAUCACCCUUGCAGGAUAUCUGCAGGUUUUGCCGGUGGUGAGAAGAGGCAGUCGGGCAGAGCAAAUCAGGGCUUCCAUAAAAUCGUCGCCAUUGUGGGAGCACUUCAAAACGCACAGGCUACACGAGAACAUGAGGGUUCUGCAUUGUGGCGAUGAUGAGAUCACAAGAAAGUUCGCUGCUUUCCUGCUGCGUGUGGGUGACGGGGAGCACGACGUCGUGGACCCUGCGGAUCCCGAGACAAUUGAGCUGCCGCCGGAGAUAUGCAUGGGCCCGGAUCUUGGUGCACUCAUUGACUGGAUGUUUCCCGACCUCGGUCGGCAUCUUCACAACCCCGACUACCUCACGGGGAGGUUCGUUUUGUGCCCCAAGAACGACGCUGCGUACGUUAUCAAUAAUCUCAUUUUGGAUGGUCUCCCUGAACCGGACAUCGUCUACAGGUCACUUGACAGCGCACCUACGGACUCGUACGGUUUGAACGUUCCCGUUGAGUACCUCAACAGCUUGAGUUGCUCCGGCUUCCCGCCGCAUGUGCUGCGCAUAAAGGAGGGGGUUCCGGUUAUGUUGCUGAGAAACAUCUCUGUGCAAAUGGGCAUGUGCAAUGACACUCGCCUGAUUGUCAACAAGUCCGUGUCUGGGCGGCUCAUCGAAGCCACGAUUCUGCCCAGUCGUAAGAUCGCGGUAGGUGUGGACAUUGGGGAUUUAUCUGGGGAUGAGUCGACCGAUUCCCGGGAGCGGGACCGAUCGYCGCCGGCCGAACUUCGCGGUGGAUCGGAUGGAGCGCCUGCUCGCUAUGUCGGGCAGUCGAGUCCAUACGGUGUGUCGGCAGGCAGGUCACCGCUCCCCUCCACAACUCCUGUGGCCGCUGUCCGGAUGAAUGCUGAUUGCGCGGGUGGGCACGGGGUGAGUAAGGAGGCGUGUGAAAUCGAUACCGGCACCGGCAACUUACAAACGCCGUUUACGGCGUCUACAAAGUGCGUCCGAACGUCCCAGCCGGAUGGGACUUCGGCCUUUGUCCCCUACAUUCGACCUUCCCAAUCCUCCACUUCGGCUGUGCAUGAUAGAGCUCCGCAUUUGCGACCGUUCGGAUCUACUCCGGCAUGCGGAAAUUGCGGGCCGGUGUCAGUGUUUGCAAUGCCGCCACGCGAGGUCGUUGUAGGGCCCAGUUUGACGUCGGACGCUGCGCAUAGACCCGAUGCUUCAUCCUCGCUUGCACGGAGAGGGGCAACUUACUCCGGCCAGUCCGAAAAUGUAGUCGUGGGCCCGAUGAUCACACCAUCCUACGGCAGCAAUGGUUGUUGGCCCGGUACGACAAUGGUUUAUCACGACAUAAACUCCUACGAUCCGCCUAUCUGGUUGGAUGCGAAAAGGACUGUCAUUCUUGACCGCAAGACGCAGAGGAUAGUCGAGUCUUGGAYGGACAUUCUCGACAGGGACGAUUACGUGCCGUUUGAGAUCUAUAGGUACGCUAGAUUGGAUGAAAUUGCUUCACGUCUGCCGGACGUGCCGAGGGCAUCACGUCCUUAUGCCAAGGCGUGUCACGGAGAUUGCCCGAUUGCCACAUAUGCACCCCCCGUGCACUGGGUUUCGCAGGCCUGCAUCCGUAUUCGAACUCGCAGGAUAGCAGAGGCCUCUGCUGCGUGUGAUUACGCACAUGGCCGGUCGCCAUUGACGUUCAGCAAGCCGGCAGACAAAUCUCCGAUGACUCCAGCCUUCACCACACCUGCUGCGCGCCGUGUCCAGCGUAGUUUGUUUCUCCCUGCGACACCCCCGCCUUUCCCUCUUCCCGCAGCCGACCGUGAGGCCGGAUCCUCCGCGUCCAAACACCGUUCUGCGCAGCUUUCCGCAGGGCCAUCUGCGUGGAUCGAAUCGCUGUCUUCUGUUGGUCCUCACCGCACGAUCUCUGCCCUCUGCGCGAUAGAGACUUCUCACAGGUUGCAACAGAUAGGUGCUGUGAUGGCUGCAGAGAACGAAGCCGUCGAGGACUGGAGUGCUGUUGAGGCCAUGAUGUUCGUGGAUUAUUGUCGCCAAGGUCACAACAAGGUCGCCACCUUCGAACAGUACAAGACAGCUGCGGCCUCCUACAUCGCCAAGGUCAGCCAAGAAUGACGUGCGUACCAG